UUGUGGUUAGGUGUGGAGAGAAAAUUCCGAGGAGGUUGAAGAUUCGAUGACAAUUUUCGACCGGUUAUUCGAUUUCCUUUUCAGUCUUUUAUUUCUUCGUUUUGACGGCUCGAUAUUUUGACAAGAUUGUUUGGUAUAGAUAUAUAUUCGAGAAGGGGGAGAAGAAAUGAGUGGGAAAAGGUCGAGAAAAGGGAUUUUUAUAAAGACGUGCACGUGUCUGUACGAUGAAAAAACUGCGGCCAGGCUUGACAGAGAGAAUGAAGAAACUUGGAAAGGCUUCGUGGCUUUGGAAAAAUAUAAAAGGAGCCUGAAGGAAGAGGCUUUAAAGUUGCAAGUGGAGGAUGAAAAGGUUAGAGACGAUUCGAAAAAAUAA